GCGAAGCAAAAAGACGAAGACCGCAUGCUAUGGUUGUUCGGAGAAUUUUCGAAUUCACGAUCUUAAAGUCAUAUGAUUAACAGCAAAUAUAGCAACAAAUAUCUCAAUUGGUAUUUUCCAAAGCCACGAAACGUGCAUUGAGUUUGGAGCGAUAUCUGAAGUGAAGAUUGAAGACGUGAUAGAAGAUGGACGACUACUGCUAUGCUAAGAUGGCGACGUCCGCUAAAAGAGAACAUGAAAGAGAAUCAACUUCCAGCAAAUCACCAACGGAGAUAAAGACGAAAGAUGAAGACGUCCAACAGCUGAUCGGUAAUCCAGAAGAAGUUUCCCCUCAGUUAGGGGGGAGCUCCACUUUGAAGCAGGAGACUCCACAACCACCCUGCAUUAAAAAGGAAGAGGAGGAACUCUGCAUCACUCAGGAGGGAGAGUGUCUUCUAGGACGAGGGGAAGCUGAUUACACCAAGUUUCCACUGAGUAUUCUCUCUGUAAAGACUGAAGAUGAUGAAGAGGAACCACAAAUAGACAACCUCUUCGCUCCACUAUCAGAUAAUGAGGCUGAAGACGAGGUUGAAGAUUCUUUGAGCAGCGAUAAAGACUGUGAAGGUGAUAUGAGGACUCACACUGACAACAAACACUCUGAAUGCUCUACAAAGAAGAGAGGUAAAACAUCUUUGAGCUGCUCGGUUUGUGCUAAAAGUUUUACUAAAAAGUGCCAUUUGACUCGACACAUGAGAACACACACAGGUGAAAAACCAUUCAGUUGUUCAGUUUGUGGCAAAAGCUUUUCUCGAAAUUGUGGUUUGACUGAACACAUGAGAACACACACAGGUGAAAAACCGUUUAGUUGUUCAGUUUGUGGCAAAAGCUUAUCUGUUGAGAGAAAUUUGAUUGAACACAUGAGAACACACACAGGUGAAAAACCAUAUAAGUGUUCAGUUUGUGGCAAAAGCUUUUCUAUUAAGAGCAUAUUGACUCGACACAUGAGAACACACACUGGAGAAAUAACAUGUAAUUGUUCAGUUUGUGGCGAAAUAUUUUCUCGAAAUUUUCUCUUGACUCGACACAUGAGAACACACACAGGUGAAAAAACCUUUAGUUGUUCAGUUUGUGGCAAAAGUAUUUCUCAAAAUAGCCAUGUGACUCAACACAUGAGAACACACACAGGUGAAAAACCAUUUAGUUGUUCAGUGUGCUGUAAAAGGUUCCAACAUAAAGCAGCCGCAGUAAAACACAUGAGAACACACAAGGCAAAAUAACCAAUUAGCUGUUUAGUUUGUGGUAUGUACGCUCAAAAACCUGCACUACGCCCUUUUUCACGGCAAAGUUGAGAUAUAUCAAGUUGACAUGAAAAUGUGCAGUGUCUAACAGCAGCUUCAUAACUGUCAUACACACACUUCUACAGGCUGUGGAUAACACACAUAAGUGAUGCUGGGUAACUGUUCCCAUAAAAAAGUGACAACUUUUACUCCUCAGACUGAUUGAUGUGCAAAUCAGAGACAUAUGAAUAAUUAACACCCAACACCCACAACCCAACCCCCACCUCCCUCGACAUUCGGGCGUAACAGGUUCAAUCCGGCCUGCGAGAUGGGUUUGCGAAGUGCAAAAUUCAGCUGCAUUUUUUAAUGAAAGAAACUGCUGUUCUAAAUGUGUCCACUGGAUGUCGCAAUAGCAAUUUUGUUAGGCAAGCAAAUAGUUUAUACCGGGGCGAGCAAGUAUACCAAGCAAGAGGUACACAAAGCGGGGCUGUGACUCCUCCCCCUCCACCCAACGUAAAACAGGAGUAAAAUAAGCAAUCAGUAACCCCACUUAAAAUGCAGCAUGAGACACUGCACACUGAUAUAGUUCUGUGAAAAUGAUUGUCUUCUGUGCAAAUGUAAAGAAAGUGAACAGUGUGUGAUUUACUGCAAUACUGUCAGUCUUUGAACUUUUUAUUUGUGCUUUGUUGAACAGCUUUUAUUUUUCUAUCUAUACACAUUAUGUCUAGAAGACAGGAAGUAACUCAACACUCUUGAAUAGUUUCUACCUCAGUUUGUAUGGUUUGUUGAGUUAGCACAGGAUUAAUAUGUGGAAAUGACAAAUGAGGUAAUUGAUACAUAGAAUAGUUUUUAUUCAUGCUUUAUUUAAUUUUUUGUUCAAUCCUAGAUGGGUUAUGACUUAGAUUUAAUCUCAGUGUUUUUUUAAAAUCAAACUUUAAGUUCCUUGUGUUCUUUCAGGUGUUUUUGAAAAUGUCCCAUUUUCCCCCUCUAAAUUUUCAACUAACUUGAAGUGUUUUGUCAAGAGGAUUAUUUGUGAUAUGUACAUUUUCAGAAUGUGCUUGUUCUAUUUUGGGCCAAAGUAAAAUAAAGAAAACAAUCUGAAGUUGUCGGAGUCGUAGUUUUAAGUCAUCAUCCCAUGAUUUUACCAGUCUGGCCCACGUGGAAAUAGAUUUUCCUCCAUGCGGCCCCUGAGCUAAAAUGAGUUUGACACCCCUGCUGUAAUGUGACUCAUGUGAGCAGGUUACUGUAUAAACACAUUUUGUUAUAAGUUAUAAAAAUGUGUUCAGUUCUCAGAGACACAUCAAUGUCAGUGUAGCUGCUGACAGAAGCAACAUGUAUAUUUGAUAUAUAAUGUCAUAGUUGGUGAGAAUAAAUAAAUACAAUGCAUAAAGAUAAGUUCAUAUUUUAUACAUAAUGUGAUUAAAAAGGUAUUUCCUUGGGUUAAUUCAUGCAAGUUUAUCUUAACUUUAUUUUUGUUACAAACCCAUGUCAAUUGAGUGGGGAAUAUAAUUUGGUCACGUUGUUGGGGGGACAAUUAAUAUGUGAGGGAAUUAAGGAAGCAGCAUGAGACGACAAGUGUUUGAUGUGGAAGACGUUAAUGGAGUCUCGGAUUGAAAAUAAACUUUAUUCCCUUGGAGUUUAUGAGGCCAACGAGGUAUGAUUACUUCUGAUAUGUUUGUGAAAUCUAUGUGUUUUCUUUUUUGGAUGUCAGACUAAUUGUAAGUUCUGUUUGCUUAUUUUAUUACUUCUGACGGCAUUAUAUUUGGCAUCGUUGGUAACGUGAAGAAGACGUGGCUGAAAUAAAUG